UAAUAACUAUUAAUAACCAUUCUUGUACACGUGCUCAAACAUGGAGAGUGAAGAAGAGAAUUUUGAAGAAAUUGAGGAAGAAAAUGAGAGUGAAGAAGAAGAUGAAGAUGAUGAACUAGAAGCUGCCAUGGCUUCCACAACCUUGUAUGACUAUAAGAAAGGAUUAGUGAGACCAUUAGUACCUAAGAAAACCUUCAUCAAUGACAUGGCAGGUUUGAAUCAAGGGAAGAAGGAGCUUGAAGAGAAGCAUAGCAGCUGGUUGGAGAGGAUGGAUUUGAAUAGCUCGGUAGUGACAAUACAAAAGAAAAAAAACAGCACCAGUAGUGGAACCGGUUCAAAAAAGAAAGAGAGAGAGGCUAAUAAUGAUGAACAUGGAGAUGAAGUGGAUAUUGAGAAUGAUUUCAGUAGGGAGAUGCAUUUUGUGAGACAGGCACAGGCUAGUUUGCUGAUUGGUUUAAGUAAACUAAAAGAGUUAGACAUACCCACUGUUAGACCUGAAGAUUAUUUUGCUGAAAUGAUCAAAACCGACGACCACAUGAGAAAAGUUAGAGAGAGAUUGUUAAGUCGUCAUAAGAGGAUUGAAGCAUCGGAAAAAGCAAAGAAAUUACGAGAUAUGAAGAAGUAUGGAAAAAAGGUUCAAGAGAAUGUUCUUGAUCAGAGGAGGAAGGAGAAGAAAGAGCUGCUUCAAAAAGUCAAGAAAUACAGCAAAGGAAAGGGCGAGAAACCAGAGUUCCUAAGAAGAGAGGACGACGAAGAGUUUCCAACGAAAGUCGUACCUUCGACACAGAGGAAAGAAAGGCGUGGCCCCAUGAAAUCAAAGAAACGAUUGGCCAAAGACAAGAAGUUUAGUUUUUCCAGUUUUAAGAAGGACAAGAGAAACACUGCUGAAUCAUCGGCAGAUAUGAGAAUGUUCCCGUCAUCUCGUACUGGUGGGCGUGGCCAAAAUAAAAGUUUUGGAAAAGGGAAGGGCGGGAAAAAGGGAGGUGGUCCUAAGCCACGCCCAGGUAAAUCAAACCGCGCCCGUCAAAAAUUAAAGCGAAGGAACAGACAUUGAUAAUUAAUUAUUAUUACUGCACAAAAACAAUUAAUUAAAUUAAAGAUAAUCAUAAUACAAUAGAAAAGAGUUUAUUUAUACAGACAACGUU